CAAACAAAGGACCUUUCUUUCUUCUCCCUCCAUUCCCAUACCCCUUUUUUAUCAGUGCUUUCUCUCUCUAUCUUCAGUCGUUCACUCCCUUUUCACAGGGGAGAGAGGGAAAGAAGGAAAAAAAAAAAAAACAGAGAAGCACAAAAGAAAAGGAAAAAAUUAGGAGGAGGACUAGUCAGGGCUCAGGGGCUAUGGCUAUCAUCCGUCAAAGAAACGUCUCCACUGUUUCCCCCUAAUGUGCUCUCUGCUCUGCUUCCCUCUCUCUCUACCUCAUUAAUCCUCCGCUUCCAUUUUCACUUUUCUGUUCUGGUCUCCAUUAAGUUGGUCCUUGAUUAGCCGAACAACAAUCCAAUUUGCGUCUCUACGAUUUGGAUUCACCUCUCUCUCUCUCUCUGUCUCCCUUUUGUUUUCUUGCUUCUGUUGGUUUUUGCUUUUGCCUCUGUUUUUUUCUUGACAGACUCUGUUUUUGUUGGUUUUAUUUAUGCUUCCGAGUAAAUAGACCACCGCACACAAACAAAGAGCAAAGGGUAUCUCGAGAUUGGCGUCUUUGAGAUAGAGACCCGCAGAAAGGAACCACCUUCCCUCCGAUUCCUUUUCUCCAAACUCUCGAGAGCAAAAAAACCCACCACCACAACUCUGUCAACCAUCUUUCUUUCUUUGUGAUGCUGGAGAGAGGAGGCUCUCAGGAGAGAGAGCCUGCUUAAACCCGCAAACGCCCUAACUAGAAGAAGAAGAAGAUAGCCCAGAGCUCUCUCUGUAUCAUUGUUAACCCACCAUCAAUAACAAGCCUUUCCGACCUUUUCCACAUUUUUUUCUUCCUCUUUCCAUCUUUGAACACCAAAUCGACAGGCGUUUCUGGGUUUUACUUUUACCUUGUUUGUUGUUGUAGUAGUGUAUGGGUUAGUGUAUCUAUGGCUCUGUCAAUCCACCAUAGCAAUCAUAAUAAGGAGGUCUUCAAUAAGAAUCAACAGCAGCAGAUGGAUUCCAGCAAGUACGUUCGCUACACUCCGGAGCAAGUAGAUGCAUUGGAGAGGGUUUAUGCUGAAUGUCCCAAGCCCAGUUCCUUGAGGAGGCAGCAGCUCAUUCGGGAGUGCCCUCUUCUCUCCAACAUUGAGCCCAAACAGAUCAAAGUCUGGUUCCAGAACCGCAGAUGUCGCGACAAGCAAAGGAAAGAAGCAUCCCGUCUUCAGACGGUGAACCGAAAGCUUACCGCAAUGAACAAGCUGUUGAUGGAGGAAAAUGACCGCUUGCAGAAGCAGGUCUCUCACUUGGUGUAUGAGAAUGGUUUCAUGCGCACAGAGAUCCACACUGCUUCAGGAACGACCACAGACAAAAGCUGCGAGUCUGUGGUCAUAAGCGGUCAGCAGCAACAACAGCAGCAGCAGAACAACCCAUCAAGUCAGCAUUCCCAAAGGGAUGCUAGCAACCCAGCUGGCCUUCUCGCAAUAGCUGAGGAGGCCCUGGCAGAGUUCUUGUCCAAAGCUACAGGAACUUCUGUCAACUGGGUCCAGAUGAUUGGGAUGAAGCCUGGUCCGGAUUCUAUUGGCAUCGUAGCUGUUUCCCGCAACGGUAGUGGCGUAGCAGCACGAGCCUGUGGCCUCGUGAGUCUUGAACCCACGAAGGUCGCUGAAAUCCUCAAAGAUCGUCCAUCUUGGUAUCGCGACUGUCGAUGCCUGGAUGUGAUGAGUGUGAUUCCUACUGCCAAUGGGGGCACAAUUGAGCUCAUUUAUAUGCAGACAUAUGCGCCAACCACAUUGGCUGCAGCAAGAGACUUUUGGACUCUGAGAUACACCACCGCAAUGGAGGAUGGCAGUCUUGUGGCAAGUCUAAUGCAAUUAAUUUCAUUUAUUUGUGAGAGGUCCUUGACGACUUCUACAGGUGGUCCAGCUGGGCCACCAUCAUCAGGAUUUGUUAGGGCUGAAAUGCUUCCAAGUGGUUAUCUAAUUCGACCUUGUGAUGGUGGAGGGUCCAUGAUUCACAUUGUUGAUCACGUUGACUUGGAAGCUUGGAGUGUCCCUGAAGUUUUGAGGCCUCUAUAUGAAUCUUGCAAAAUGAUUGCUCAGAAAAUGACCCUCGCGGCCUUGAGGCACAUUCGACAAAUUGCACAAGAGACUAGUGGAGAAGUUCAGUAUGGUGGAGGCCGCCAGCCUGCUGUAUUGAGGACAUUCGGUCAGAGGCUCUGCAGGGGGUUCAAUGAUGCUGUCAAUGGAUUUGCAGACGAUGGAUGGUCCCUCCUAAAUGGUGAUGGUGCGGAGGAUGUAACUAUUGCCAUUAACUCGUCUCCAAACAAAUAUCUUGGUUCACAAUAUAAUGGGUCAAUGUUCCCAUCUUUUGGAGGAGGGGUGCUGUGUGCAAGGGCAUCAAUGCUGCUUCAGAAUGUGCCUCCCGCUUUGCUUGUUCGGUUUCUAAGGGAACAUCGUUCUGAGUGGGCUGAUUAUGGAGUUGAUGCCUAUUCUGCUGCAUGCCUCAAGUCCAGUCCAUAUGCUGUUCCAUGUGGCAGGCCUGGUGGUUUCCCUAGUAGCCAAGUCAUCUUGCCUCUUGCUCAUAAAGUGGAGCACGAAGAGUUCUUGGAGGUGGUUCGUUUGGAGAGUCAGGCCUUCUCACCUGAGGAGAUGGCUCUAGCACGAGAUAUGUACCUGUUGCAGCUAUGCAGUGGAGUUGAUGAAAAUGCUGUUGGCGCCUGUGCUCAACUUGUUUUUGCCCCUAUUGACGAAUCAUUUGCUGACGAUGCUCCUCUUCUUGCAUCUGGCUUUCGUGUCAUUCCACUGGAUGGUAAAACGGAUGGGCCUGCUGCGACUCGAACAUUAGAUUUGGCAUCUACCCUUGAGGUUGGGGCAGGAGGGGUUACUCGUCCAGCCACUGAAUCUGACUCAAACAGUUACAAUCUGAGAUCAGUCCUCACAAUUGCAUUCCAGUUUAGCUUUGAGAACCAUUUGCGUGACAAUGUGGCAGCCAUGGCUAGGCAGUACGUGCGGAGUGUUGUUGCUUCCGUUCAGAGGGUUGCAACAGCCAUUGCACCUUAUUCUGGAAUAGGUUCUCAAGUAGGUGGCAAAUCAUUCCCUGGCUCCCCAGAGGCUCUGACUCUCGCUCGCUGGAUCAAUAGAAGUUACAGGGCGCAUACUGGAGGAGACCUCUUUCGUGGGGAAACUUCACAAGCUGGGGAUGCUUUGCUGAAGCAGCUGUGGCACCACUCUGAUUCAAUCUUGUGCUGCUCCCUGAAAACUAAUAAUGGAUCGCCUGUCUUCACCUUUGCAAACCAAGCUGGGCUGGACAUGCUGGAAACAACAUUGGUGGCUCUCCAGGACAUCAUGCUGGAUAAGAUCCUGGACGACGCUGGGCGGAAGGUUCUGUGCUCUGAGUUCUCUAAGAUCAUGCAAGAGGGGUUUGCAUAUCUGCCAGCAGGGAUAUGUGUGUCGAGCAUGGGGCGACCGGUGGCCUACGAGCAGGCGAUUGCAUGGAAAGUAGUGAACGACGACGAUUCGCAUCACUGCCUGGCUUUCAUGUUCGUCAACUGGUCCUUCGUGUGAAAUCUAUCUCUAUGUAUCUCAAGUUAUCUAUCUAAGUUAUUAUUAGGGCAGCUCUUGUCUGUGGAAAGAUGCGCACUUUUCUAAAGCACAAACAGGAAAUCUUAGGUAUUAUGGAUGUUGGUUGUUAGUGUCUUAGUGACGUGUGAGUGGCAUGGAUGGAUAUAUUGCCCAUUUUGUUGGUGUUAUUGUUGGUGGAUACUGGUUCGUUGCUUGCUUAUCAAUUUUCCGUAACCCUUUUCAAGCGUUUCCUUAUAAAAUCCCAGUUC